AUUUGUCUAAUGUUCACGUGCAUAAACAUUUGUUGUUGGAUCAAUUUUAAAUGUUGAUUUUACUUUCUUAAAUUCCCAUCGAACCAACAUCGAAAUUUGUUCAUCAUUGUUAUAAGCAAAAUGGCCAAAACACGGACACCAAAAUUAUUAUCGAUGAAAGAUUCACGUGUAAAAAAUCAACUCGAAAUGAAACCUAGAAUUUUGAAAAAAAAGAAGCGUGAAAAGGCAAAAAAAGCAGCUAAACGUGCCGAACGUCAAAAUCAACCUGCUGUCGUAUCAACAACAAUGUUUUUUCAUUACAAUUUGCAAUUAGGGCCACCAUUUCGUAUAAUAUGCGAUACAAAUUUUGUCAAUUUCUCUAUCAAAAAUAAACUUGACAUAAUGCAAUCAAUGAUGAAUUGUUUACUGGCUAAAUGUAUACCAAUGGUCACUGAUUGUAUCGUUGCUGAAUUACAAAAAUUAGGACAAAAAUAUCGUCUUGCAUUAAAAAUCGUUAAAGAACAAUUCGAACGGCUACCAUGUUCACAUAAGGGAACGUAUGCCGAUGAUUGUAUUGUAAAUCGUGUCACGCAACAUAAAUGCUAUAUUGUUGGUACCUGUGAUAAGGCACUGAAACGGCGUAUUCGAAAAAUACCUGGUAUACCGAUAAUGUUUCUUGUUGGUCAUCAAUAUACGAUCGAACGAAUGCCCGACGCUUAUGGUAUACGUACCUGACAUGUUUUAAUGGUAACUGUUGACAACCAACUAAUGAUGAUUCACAAUAAAUCUUUAUAUAUAUCAAAUAAAAUAACUCCCAUUUCUAUUUAAUAAAAUUAAUAAAAUCU